AUGUCUAUAUGGCAAGAUAAAUGCGUUCUGGAUUAUCAUAUUUAAGUAUAUAAUAUUUAAUGAAGUAAUAAAUAAAAUUAGAUGCAUUAGAAGAACUAUAUUAGGAAUAUAAGUAAAAUGAAAAGCGUGUUUCAAAAUAAAAUUAAAAACAUGAACAAAGAAAGAAAUAUAAAAAUAAGAAAAAGAAAAGUACCAGUAGUAGUAGUAGUAGUAGUAGUAGUAGUAGUUCAUCAUCUACUAGUUCAAGUUUUUAAAAAAUUACUAGUUCAAGUGAAUCUGAUAGUUUACCAUCUUUACCUUCGAAUUCUAAAUAUAAUAAAAAACAUGAAAAAUUUUAGACUAAAAUUUUAGAUUUUGUUAUUGAUAUUAAUCCUCCUAGAAGAGAUUAUUUAAUAGAAUAUGAAUUGAAUGGACAAAAAAAAAUGACUUCAAUGAAAAAUUUAAAUGAAAAAAUAAAUAAACUAAAUAUUUAGUCAAAAUAAAUAUAAAAUGAUGAUGACAAAAAUGAACCUAUUGAUGAUAAUUUGAAGUAAUAAUUAUUAAAUAUAAUAAUUUUAGAUAAGAUUUAAAAGAUUAAUUAGAACUUGGAGUGAAUAGAUAUUAUUAAUAGAAUCCAUUUGAAUACUGUUUUAGAUGUAAAUAAUCAGGACAUUAAGAAAGAUAAUGUACUGAAUAAUAAACAAUAUAAUGUAACUAUUGUUUAAGUCAAAAGCAUAUAGGAGAUAUUUGUUCUAAUGUCUCAUGUUUUAGAUGCAAUUAAAUGGGACAUAGAAAAAAUGAUUGUAGGGUAACAUCAUUUUAUUUACAUAUAGACAUAAUUAUAAUAAUAAUAAUGCAUAAAUUGUGGUAAAAAUAGUCAUAAAGAAUCAGAAUGUGGAAUUUUAAUUCAAUAAAUAUAUAAAUUAACAGAUUAGAUUGAAUGCCUAGUUUGUAGAUUAUAUGGGCACAUAAAUUGUUAAAAUAAUAUUAUUUGA